AUGGAUUCCAUCGGGGACUCGUUCGCGGGGCCGGUCGACAGCAGAGCCCUGCAAAGGGUUAUGAGCCCAACGACUGCCACGAUCCACGGCGCGCAGUUGGGGGCGCAGGUGCGCCAGUGCGCCGCCUGCUUCGACUACGUCGUGGGGCCCGCCGUGCAGUGCGACAAUUGCGGCGGGGUUGUGCACCCCCACUGCAUGCAGGUGUUCGGGCGGAGCCCUGUGUGCGUGACCUGCAUCGCUGAGCGGGACGCCUUCGUGGCUGCGAGGCGCUCCACGAUGAUCCAGCACGGCGCGCAGCAGUUCGGCCGCGCGCUGGCUUCUGGUGGGCAGCUUGCCGGCCAGGUCGUCGGUGCGACCGCCUUCGGGCUUGGGGCCGGAGUUGCCCGACUCGCCAGCGGAGUGUUGGCCGGCGCGAGGCAGACCAUGGGCGGCGCGGCCGAGAUCCCGGGGCCUGCCCGCCCACGCGUGCUGCCUGCGCUGCAGCCCGCGGACGGCGCCGACCCUCCUGGAGUUCAGCAGUUCGGCACUGACAUGGCCGAGAGGGUGGCCGCCAUGGAGGCGGAGCUGGUCAGGCUCCGCGCGGAGAACGCGCAGUACCGUGAGGAGUUCGAGUUGCACCUGUCCGGAGGCGGCGGCUACGCGACCCCAGGCGCGAGCAGCGCCGCGGGUCGGCCAGCCCCGACGACUCCGCAGCCGACGAGCGCGGCUGCCGCCGGCGAGAUCGACCAGGGGGGCUCCGAUGAUGCAGUGCCCCAUCUCGCCGAGCUUGUGCUGUCUGAUAUUCCCGGAGGCCUCUCCGGGAACAUUUCGGCCCGAGGGCCCGCCGACGUCGUCGAGCUCUCCGCGGAGGCCGCGAACGCUUCCGAGGUGCAGCAGCGUGCAGUCCCAGGGGCAGGAGCCGUGAGCGGAGAGCAGGCGGGCGUGAUGAACGUCGCGGGCUUGCAUGGGGCCACGGCGCAGCCCGCGCCGAGCGCCGCCGUUGGCGGCAGCAGCCUUCCUGCUGGCGGCGCGGCCCUCGCAGCUGAGCCCCAGCAACCCUGGUCCACCCCUAGAGCUGCAGCAGCGGCGGCCGCACCGCCGCAGUUCGGUGGACUCGGGCUGCGCGGUGCCGGCGGGCCUCCGCCGCCGCCGCCGCCGCCGCCGCCGUUCGGCGCCGCGGCGGCCGCUGGCGACUUCGCCGGGGGUGCGAGCCCUGCCGAUGCAGCAGGUCUGGCUGCUAUCCCGAGCCGUCUGAAGGGGGACGAGGUGCCCAAGCUUUCCUGGACAGGAGGGAGCAACAAGGCGUCAAAGUACGAGGAGUGGCUGCAGACGAGCACCCUCUACUGCGCCUCGGUGCACCCGCAGGUCGAGGCCUGGUGGUGCAACCUGCGUGCAGCGGUGGACGCAUCGUACGACGAGUACUUGCGCGUGGACCCGCUGCAGCGGCCGUGCAUCUGCCCGCAGACGUCGUGGGCGGAGGUAGGAGCGCAUAGGCAGGUGGAGUACACAUACCGGCCCUACCUGCUCCAGGCGGUGCCCGAGUCCAUUAAGACCCAGGCGCUCGCCACCAGGCAGCUGACCUGCAGCGAGCUCGUCUUCGCCGUGUGCGUCGAGGCGGGCCCGGGCACCUUGCGGGACAGAGCUGCCACAUUGAAGGCAGUGGGGCGCCGUGGAAAUCCGGCUGUGCCGGCCCGCGGGGAGGUGUACGUCGAGCUGCAGAGGUGGAAGUUUGACCUCGCCAGGCUGCAGCGCCUUGGGGCUGUCGCCCCAGACCCCACCAUCCAGCUCACCACGCUGCGCACGCUGGUGAGCAAGAUGGCCGAGGCCGACGAGGACUUCAAGUUCCGGAUGAGCAACUGGCAGCUCGUGAGGGGCCUCAGUGGCGCUGCGAGUUGCAGCCAGUCCCAAAUCGACGAGUUCUGGCGCUUCCUGGCCGGCGAGGCCCGCGAGGUUUCCACCGACGGUGCGAAGCAGCAGCAGCAGCCGCAGCAGACCCAGCAGCUGGGAAAGCAGGUGCAGGCGAAGGUCGCAACGCUGGAGGCCCAGAUUGCCUUGAUCAAGGGGGCUGGCAAGGGCGGCGGCCCGCCGCUGAAGCCCGGCCCCAAAGCCAAGGAGAAGGGCAAGGACGCGGAGCCGCCGAAGUUCUGCAAGUUCUUCGAGUCCGAUGCCGGAUGCAAGCAGGGCGGCGCGUGCACGUGGCCGCACCGCAAGCUGCAGGCCAGCGAGGGGAAAUGUUUCAAUUGCGGGAGCAAGGGGCACCCCAAGGACGCCUGCACGCGCCCGAAGCGCGAGGCGACGGCCAAGGCAGCAGAGGUUGCCCUGAAGCCUGGAGGUGGUUCUGCCUUGGCUUCGGACCCAAGCGGCGCUGGUGCGCAGGCGCAGCCUGCGGCGCAGGCGGGCCAGCUCGGCGCUGUGGUGGCAGCGACGAUCAAGGCUCUGGCAGGCGAGGGAUCGCCGGGCGCUGCGCUGGCCAUCGCGUCCGUGGACGCGGACCCCGGGUGGCUGGACAGAUGGGCGACAUCGCCGGCUCCGGCGGCAGGCCCGCGCGCGGCGGUAGCCGUGGCGCGCUUGGUGAAAGUUGGCGGCAAGCGGAUGCUGCUCGCCGACACGGGCGCCACGCGCGAGCUGCGCUCGAUCCCUGUGGGGGGUGACCCUGGGGUCGAGUCGCGGCGCGUCGAUCUCCAGACGGCGACGGGGAGCAUGGAGGCCAGGAUGGGAGGAGACGACGUGGUGUACGUCGAGUCCGAUACCCCUCUUCAGCCGCUCUUCCCGCUGGGGAUCUACAUCGAGGAGUGCGGGCUCGGGCUCGAGUGGGCGCCUGAGGCUUGCGCGCUGCGGCUGCCAGACCACAGAAGUUUGGAGUUGCAGCGCGUGGAGGGCAGUAUCUACAUCGCGGAGGACGAUGCCGAGGUGCUGCGGCAGCUUCGCGCUGCUGUGCGCUUGGCGCGCGGUCGCGCCAUGGUGGCCUCGGCGAUCAGGGCCGCAGUCUCGCUGGCGGAGCUGGCGAAGCACCGAGCAGACGGGCGCCCCACCUUCAUGGCGGAGUGCCGCGAGUGCAGGCUCGCCGCAGGGCGCGUGCGCCCGCGCUACCGACUGGACCCGGCGACUCGGCCAGGAGGCCAGCUUUCGGCUGACCUGAGCGGCCCCCACCCGCCUGGGCGAUGGCCGAGUUCGCUGCAGGAGGACGUGCCCAGGCGGGCAAGGUACUUCCUGCUCUGCGCGUACCAAGUGCUGACGCCAGCCGAGGUGGCGCAGCAGGGCCGCAACAUCGCGGGCGCGAGGGCGGCCGUGGCGGAUGGCGACGCCGUGCCGCUUGCCGAGGUCAGCGCCGGCAGCGCCGGGGCCAGCGGCAGCGCUGCUGACGGCGACGCCCGCGUGGAGGCGGACGACUCGGAGCCGAAGGUGUGGUAUUUCACCGUCCCGCUGGAGGGCAAGACGGUCGAGGAGUGCAUCAGGGCGCUGGACGCCGUGGUGGCGGCGAUCGGGCUCGAGUUCCAAGGGCAGGCGGUCUUCCGCAUUCAUGCGGAUCGCGCCUCGGAGCUUUCGGGGCCGCGCGUGCGUGGCCACUUCGCGAAGAAGGAGAUCGUGGUCACCAGGGCGCCGGGCUUCGAGUCCAACAACGACCCCCGCGCAGAGCGCGGCAUCGGCGUCAUCAAGGGCCGCGCGAGGGCGAUGCUGAUGUCCCUGCCGGCUGCCGAUCAGCAGUGGCUCUGGCCAGCUGCCGUGCAGCAUGCGAGCUGGUGCCAGCGGCGGGGGGCCAUGGGGCGGGCGAUCGCCUGCCCAGCAUUCGGGAACCCCGUCACGGCCAGAGUCAAGGACCCCCCCAAGGCCGGCUUCGCGGCGCGAGGCAAGGAGAUGAUCUUCCUGGGCAGGGAGGACCAUACCUCCGGCGGCUAUUUGCUGGGUCGGAAGGUGCCGGGCGCCAGGAAGGGCGAGGAGUGGAGCUUCGAG